CCUUAAGCAACCACAUGAUCACCUGCAAUUGUCAAAAAUUAUAUUCGAGUUAUGCUUGUUAUAUCACUAGUAAACGUAUUAAUGUGAUGACAAAUGAAAACCAACAUAUUUGUGGAUUUAGACUGUAACUCCUUUAGCUUUUUCUAAAAUUUAAAAUCAUCUAGCAGCACUAUCUUGUAACAAAAGCAGACGUCAAUUAGCCCAGAGAUAUCGGAAAAAGCUACAUGUCCAUCUGAUCCUACUACAAAACGGAAUUUUCAGUCCUAAAAGAUAUACAAACUAGCUCUCAACUAGCUAGGAACUUGUACAUGUAUCACUUGUAAACAAGUUCCAAAUAAAUUUUGUCUAAAAAAAUUAAAUCUCAUUUUCCGAAUCGAACGACGACAGGGCAAGGCAUCACCAAUGUGAAAGAAAUGAGUGAACUUUCCAAUUUGGGAAUACACUUUCCAAAUUAGUGUCUCCCUUCUCUCCACCAUUUCUUCUCCAUUUUCCAUUCAUGAACCCAACAGGUGAUAGAUACAAAGGAGACUUCACGUGUGCAACCACCUAAACUGAAAGAGGCAAAUACUCAGGUUACAGUUUUAGAGAAGCAUUCUGCUGUGAAUGAGACUUCAAACCGUGCGGGCAGUGGUGCUCCUGCUACCAAGUGAGUAGCUCCUGCUUGGAGGAAGAAGUGAGAUAUUUGGACAUCAUUAUAAAAAUGUCUAAUCUAAUGAUUGUUUGAUUUAUGGAUGGUGCUCCAUAUUGGAGGAAAGUGGACCUAAGAAACUAUUCUGCAUACCAGGAGCUCUCUUCUGCUCUUGAAAAGAUGUUCAGCUGUUUUACUAUUGGUCAAUAUGGAGCUCAUGGGAAGGAAAUGUUAAGUGAGAGUAAAUUGAAGGAUUUGCUUCAUGGAUCUGAAUACGUACUCACAUACAAGGAUAAGGAUGGGGGCUGGAUGCUUGUCGGUGAUGUCCCCUGGAUGUCCUCCUGCCUUUAUGACUUUGAUUUCCAUGGUAGCAGUUUCUUUGUUUUUUCAUUAAAGAUGUAAUCUUUAGCGCUGGUCGGACAGAAAUUUGACAAAAAAAAUCCAUAGAUUGGCCA